GAUCCAGAAACAGCGCCAUGCUAGUUUCCGUUAAGAACCGCGGGGACGUGAACCAAUCCGCGUUGGCGAGCUAGGGCGUCGGUUAGUGACGUCAAAAAAACUAUAUAUAGCAACCGCGAAUUGAGAAUCGACACUUCAUUGAAUUCGUUUGGUAAGCUGCAUUACUUGCUUAUCUGAACGAUCAAGCUUUUAAUUUCAAUUUUGUGUGUGUGAUAAACUUGAUACAACAAAACCAAAAUGCGUGAAUGUAUCUCAGUCCACGUUGGCCAAGCCGGUGUCCAGAUCGGUAAUGCCUGCUGGGAAUUGUACUGCCUGGAGCAUGGCAUCCAACCUGACGGCCAAAUGCCAUCCGACAAGACCGUCGGAGGAGGCGAUGACUCCUUCAACACCUUCUUCAGCGAGACUGGAGCAGGCAAACACGUACCCAGGGCCGUGUUCGUUGACUUGGAACCCACAGUAGUCGACGAGGUCAGAACCGGCACCUACAGACAGCUCUUCCAUCCAGAACAGCUCAUCACAGGCAAAGAAGACGCAGCCAACAACUACGCCAGAGGUCACUACACCAUCGGCAAAGAGAUCGUAGACUUGGUCUUGGACCGCAUCCGUAAACUAGCUGACCAAUGUACCGGUCUGCAAGGUUUCCUCAUCUUCCACUCCUUCGGCGGAGGCACCGGUUCAGGUUUCACCUCCCUGUUGAUGGAAAGACUUUCCGUUGACUACGGAAAGAAGUCCAAGUUGGAAUUCGCCAUCUACCCAGCACCCCAGGUCUCCACAGCCGUCGUUGAGCCCUACAACUCCAUCCUGACCACCCACACCACCCUGGAACAUUCCGACUGCGCCUUCAUGGUUGACAAUGAAGCCAUCUACGAUAUCUGCAGACGUAACUUGGACAUCGAACGUCCCACAUACACCAACCUGAACAGGCUGAUCGGACAGAUCGUAUCCUCCAUUACUGCCUCCUUGAGAUUCGACGGAGCUUUGAACGUCGAUCUUACCGAGUUCCAGACUAACUUGGUGCCGUACCCACGUAUCCAUUUCCCUCUGGUCACUUACGCUCCAGUUAUCUCAGCCGAGAAGGCUUACCACGAGCAGUUGUCCGUUGCUGAGAUCACCAACGCCUGUUUCGAGCCAGCCAACCAGAUGGUGAAAUGCGACCCACGUCACGGUAAAUACAUGGCCUGCUGUAUGUUGUACAGAGGUGACGUUGUGCCUAAAGACGUGAAUGCAGCCAUCGCGACGAUCAAGACCAAGCGUACCAUCCAGUUCGUAGACUGGUGUCCAACAGGGUUCAAGGUGGGUAUCAACUACCAACCACCCACCGUGGUGCCAGGCGGUGACCUUGCCAAGGUCCAGAGGGCCGUGUGCAUGUUGUCCAACACCACAGCCAUCGCUGAGGCCUGGGCCAGACUCGACCACAAGUUCGAUCUGAUGUAUGCCAAGAGAGCCUUCGUACAUUGGUACGUAGGUGAAGGUAUGGAAGAAGGUGAAUUCUCAGAGGCCCGUGAGGAUUUGGCCGCCCUGGAGAAGGACUACGAAGAAGUAGGCAUGGAUUCCGGAGAGGGAGAAGGAGAAGGUGCCGAAGAAUACUAAGAUGGAAACUACCGAUAGAUAGAUGCUGCUGUUUUUUCGGAAGAUGCAAAUUUACGUUUUUUACAUUAUUUAUUUGAUUACUACUCCGGAUACAUUUGUUUAAAAGUCUGGUUGUUUUUUUGAUUACAUUUUAUACAUCAGCA